AUGGACCUGAAGAUUCCACUUGCCGUCUGCGUCGGUGUCGAUUCAGAAAUUGAAACAGCUUGUGCAGCUCUAACGCCUCAGGGCAUGUCCACCCGUUUUGCAGAGAUUCCGGGAGGAAAUAACGCCGGAGAUACAAAAACGCACGAUAUUCGAGACGCCGCCGGAUUGACUGAAGAAUCGUAUGCCGCGCCGGAAACGGAACCCCCGCCGUAUAGCGGUGAUAGGAAGGGGGGCUCCCAGAACACAAAAGAACUUAUUUUUAAGGGAUACGACAUUUGGAAGGCAUACCCCGAGACAAGGGCGACACUCCCGGCUGUUGAAGAUUUGUGA